AUGAACGGAAUUGGAACAGGUAAUUAUGAAUAUAUUGUCAUGUUGUUGGUCUAUGUGGUGCUCGCACUGAUCACCAUCGGAUCGUCACUAAAGAAGUGGAUAGAAGAGAAGAGAAUUUCUUGUUCUAGUUAUGAAGUAACUAUUGGAAAUGUUUUACUUUUUAUUGCUUUGAGACUUGGAGUUGUUUCGUUUUUAUUAUAUUUACAGUUAGCCUUCCUUCCAGGUUUAACAAAAUCUAGACAAUCCAAUACACUUUCCAAUCAAGAAUACGAAAGAAUUGCUCAAACUUACUUGGUUACUUGGGAAUUACUGUCAUUCCUUGGAACCUGUGCUUUAUACUCAUCAUUGACAACAUUAAUUUACAAGUGGAGAAUUUUCCUGAAUGGAGAUUUGAAAAGUAAUGUUGCAUUGGUUCUUGGAUUGAAUUCAAGUUUUGCUUUUAUUAUUCGUGGUGUUGUCAUGGCUUUGGAUUCAGUUGGUUAUAGAUAUUUGUCAAGUGGAACUUCAGCUCAAAUUGUUUGGAAUAUUUUCUUCAAGUAUAUUUGUUGGAUUAUUCCAGAAAUGAUUGUUGUGAUGUGUAUUUUAAUUUGUCUUGUUGAAACUGAUAGUUUCCACAAUGUUUUAGCUGUUAUUUAUGGAAGAGUUCAUGGAAAUACAGCCUAUGCUGAAGUACCAACUGUUGAAAUUGGAGAUAUUGAAGAUGUAAUGAAGAAUAAUCCACCAAAUUUAUCUGAUACUGAGCUAAAUGAAAUGAAAAAUAAGACAACACCCAAUGUUAGAGGAUCUGUUGGUUCUGUCAAUGAUGGAUAUGCUAAAUUUGAAGAUGAAUAA